AUGGCAGCGAGACCAAAUAUGUUGGACAACCUGACAGACCUUGAAAUCAUCCAGAGAUACAGGUUUGACCGUAGAGGUAUAGAGUACCUUGAGGACCUGUUGCGACCAUACCUUCAGCCAAGAACAGCCAGACAUCAAAGUCUCUCUGUGAGAGAGAAGAUUUUAAUUGCUUUGAGAUAUUUUGCAACUGGGGGUGUGCACUUGAAUGAUGGGGAUAUCCACCAUGUUUCUCAAUCAACCGUUUCAAAAGCUGUGAACGAGGUGGUAACAGCUCUAUGUACACCUGCUUUAAUUCAGCAGUUUGUUUCCUUCCCAACACAAGUGGCAGACCUUGACAAGCAGGCCCAACAAUUUUACGGAACAGCAAGGUUUCCGAAGGUUGUUGGAGUAAUUGACGGGACCCACAUUAAGAUACUGGCUCCAUCAGAGGAGGAGGAUAUAUUUGUGAACCGGAAGGGCUAUCACAGCAUAAAUGUGCAGGUGGUGUUUGAUGCCUUUGACAGGAUCGAGGAUAUUGUUGCACGUUGGCCUGGUUCUACACAUGACAGCAGGAUACUUCACAACAGUGGGCUGAGACAGCUUUUUGAAAAAGGCAUUGUCCAUGGUGGUUAUCAUCUGUUGGGGGACAGUGGCUACCCGUGCCGUAGAUGGCUGCUGACCCCCUACCUCAACCCUCAACCUGGGGCACAGAGUGCUUACAACAGGUAA